GUAACUGGAGGCUCCAGUGGAAUUGGAAAAUGUAUUGCUAUUGAAUGUUAUAAGCAAGGUGCUUUCAUAACACUGAUUGCAAGGGAUGAGAACAAGCUGUUGCAGACAAAGAAGGAAAUAGAAAAGUAUUGUGUUAACGACAAGCAGGUUGUAUUAUGCAUUUCUGUUGAUGUAUCUAAAGACUACGAACAGGUGGAGAAUGUUCUAAAACAGGCUCAGGAGAAGCUGGGGCCAGUUGACAUGCUUGUGAACUGUGCAGGAACAUCAGUUACAGGAAAAUUUGAGGAUAUUGAAGUUAAUUCUUUUGAAAGAUUAAUGGCAGUCAAUUACCUGGGUAGUGUCUACCCGAGCCGAGCAGUAAUCACUACCAUGAAGGAACGGCGAAUGGGAAGGAUUGUGUUUGUGUCCUCUCAGGCUGGGCAGCUGGGCCUGUUUGGUUAUACAGCUUACUCUCCCACAAAGUUUGCUCUUCGGGGGCUGGCGGAAGCCCUGCAGAUGGAGGUAAAACCUUAUAAUAUCUACCUAACAGUGGCCUAUCCUCCAGAUACUGACACACCUGGCUUUGCAGAAGAAAGUAAAACAAAGCCCUUGGAGACGAAGCUAAUUUCUGAAACCUCAUCUGUUUGCCAAGCAGAACAAGUUGCCAGAGUUAUAGUCAAAGAUGCCAUA